AUUUUCAUUUCUUUGACUGAGGCCCAGAAGAUGCCCACUCAGGUCUGUGCUUUCUGCUUUCCAUGGAGCUCUCUCCCCUCCAAAACCCCCUUCAAAACCCUAAUUCCCAAUUACACCAUUGCCCAUCAAUUUCCCACCAUCAACAACCUAAAUUUAACGUCUUUUUCUGUUUAAUUUUAUGAAUAGGAGGAGAUUAAGAUGAGCCAGCAACCAUCGGUGAUCCUAGCAACGGCUAGCUAUGACCACACUAUUCGGUUUUGGGAGGCCAAAAGUGGCCGCUGCUAUCGCACCAUCCAAUACCCUGAUUCACAAGUUAAUAGGCUCGAGAUUACUCCAGAUAAACGCUUCCUGGCUGCAGCCGGCAAUCCUCACAUUCGAUUAUUUGAUGUUAAUUCAAACAGCCCUCAACCGGUGAUGAGCUAUGAUUCACAUACUAAUAAUGUAAUGGCAGUGGGAUUUCAAUGUGAUGGAAACUGGAUGUAUUCAGGUUCUGAGGAUGGUACAGUAAAAAUUUGGGAUUUGAGAGCUCCAGGUUGUCAACGGGAAUAUGAAAGCCGUGCAGCUGUUAACACUGUUGUGCUGCACCCAAAUCAGACAGAACUGAUAUCUGGGGACCAAAAUGGCAAUAUUCGUGUUUGGGAUUUGACAGCAAAUUCAUGCAGCUGCGAACUGGUUCCAGAGGUGGAUACUGCUGUAAGGUCAUUAACAGUGAUGUGGGAUGGGAGCCUGGUUGUUGCAGCAAAUAAUCAUGGUACAUGCUAUGUUUGGCGCUUGUUACGGGGAACCCAGACUAUGACAAAUUUUGAGCCACUUCAUAAGCUGCAAGCACACAAGGGAUACAUCCUCAAAUGUCUUCUUUCACCUGAAUUCUGUGAACCCCACAGAUAUCUGGCAACCGCCUCUUCUGACCACACUGUCAAGAUAUGGAAUGUUGAUGGUUUCACAUUAGAGAAAACUCUAGUAGGACAUCAGCGGUGGGUAUGGGACUGUGUUUUCUCAGUAGAUGGUGCUUAUCUUAUAACAGCUUCCUCAGAUACAACAGCAAGACUUUGGUCCAUGUCCACUGGUGAAGAUAUCAGGGUGUAUCAGGGGCAUCACAAAGCAACCAUUUGUUGUGCACUUCAUGAUGGAGCCGAACCUUCUUCAUCCUGAACCAGAAUCGUCCUUGGCUCAUCUACAUGCAUGUCUGCCUCGUGUGUGUAUGUGUGUGCGCGCGCACUCGCAAUUACAUUAUUGUUUAUAAUGGAAUUGUAUAAAAAUAUGGGGGUGCUACAUAUCUUAUUUCAGGUUCCCCAUACAGAUAUCUUCCACCUAAUGUGCAUUAUGUGUAUUACUUUUGUAACCAAAAUAAAAAAGUAUACUUUCUUCAUAAUUCCUCGACACUUUGUUAAAUCCACAAAUUAUAUCGUGUCCUCUAGUAGAAGCCAUACUGAACAAGUGAGAUCAGCUAUGCCUGCACUGUUUAUUGCAAGCAAUGUUUCUUA